GCUUUUGCGAACGUGAAAGUAUGGAACCAAUAUAUUCCCUCUACAUGACGUAAUUUAUUGUCGCUGAAAUGUUAACUGUCCAAAUUGAAAUGGCGGCUCAAUUUUAGGUCCCAGAUCACAGAUUCCUCGUUGCUCGGCCUUCUUUUUCCUCUUCGAAAUAUACGUGUUACGAUAUAUCAUGUAAGUUUUUAAUCCAUUUAAAAUUCGUUAUUUUUCGCGUCCAUCCAUCGUUCCUACGCGUCCGAAAUUGAAAAGUUAUACCUAAAGAUGUGUUUUAUAGUUUUAUUUUGUUUCUCUUUCAAAAUAGUAAGGAGUUCCGCAAGAAAUUAUGUCAGACGCGGAAGGGUAAGUGUUGUAUAUAAUGCGCACGAGUUUAAUGCAACUAUACUGGACAGUUUCACGUAACGAUAUAAUAGCUGGGAAAAUAGAAUAGUAAUCUAAUACAAACCUGGCCUUAGGAAAGUUGAAUAUUACAAGGAAGCCUCUUAGCUGAUCAGGUCCUGAUCAACCUACCCCAACCGAAAAGCCAGCUGGGUUUGUGGCUGCCGGGUGGUCAUGUAAGUUGGUUAAUCCUCCAAACUUUGGUGCAUUGGCUGGUCAGCUGUCAGAGUUGAUCGAUUGAUUUAUAUUAUGGAUUUAUAUUGUGGACUGAGUGCAUAUUGUACCGAUCAAUUCGAAACUUCGUCAUCCCCCCCCCGGGCUAGCCUGCGAACAGGCUCACUGGGAGAAAGGUGAGCCUGCACGGAACCAUGCGUUUUAUUAAAUCAUCCCCUUUUCGCAUCUGCUAAACGCGGACCAAUCAGCGUCGACUGCGAUAAAUAAACUGUCAAAUUGACGCAAGGCGUGUACAUUGUGCAACGAAGAAAUAUAAUGUAUAUAUGAACAAUAAUACGAAGCAUUAGCUGGCCGCACAAUAUAUAUAUUACUCGGGAAUAUAGAAUUCUCCAGAUAAUAGAUAUCAAUAAACAUACAAAUAUAAAGCCGAAUAAAAUACUACCAUUGGCAUUGAAUGUACAGUAAUACUUGUACUAUGUGCGACUGAAAGAACAAUGUUCUGAAUAUUUGAAGCUAUUACUAAAAUACGGUCAGAUAGAUUGGGAUUUGGAAUACCGAAUACAUCUAAAAUUUUACUAACUGUGGUCUAAAUAAAUGAUAAAUGAGCAUUUAUUUAUUAAUUUCUUCGAAAUCACGAGAGUGUGCCAAUAGUGGAAGCCGUAUCGACGACGAAAUUGUCAGCAGUUUAUACAGUAAAUAGUACAACGUUUAAUGUACGAUAUAUAUUUAUAUCUAAAUGACAUGCCAGGGAGGAUCAACAAUAUAAUUAUUCGUACAUAUUUGGGUAUCUUUUGUAUGCCUUCGCUUGCUGACUUGCUCACUAGUGAGAAUAAUCCGUGAAGCCACGACGACCUCAAAAUGUACUAUACUAUAGUAUGAUGUCAAUCCGAAGACGAAGUUCAGAAUACUAUUAUAGUUUCGUGUAUUGGAUUUAAGCGAUAGAUUCAAGUCAUUUAUGAUAGACGUUUUUGCUGUGAUGCUUUGCUUUUCCUUUAGUUUCCAUUUCUAGUUUUCUUUUGUUCGAUAGUCUUAUAAUAUAAAAGUUCAAAAUGCUGUUGUUGACAUUUGCUAUUUUUAGUAAUUUUGUCAACGAGUGUAAGCCAAUCAGAAGCCUGCGUUUUUAUACGAACGCCACUACCAAGAAAACCUAUAGUUCCGUGCAGUCCCUCCUUUUCUUCGCGCCGCCCGUAACCCAGGAGGGCCUGUUUGCAGGCUACCCCCGGGCAUACCCCGGGAAUUUGACUUCAAGUCUUCUCCAGGAAGUAGGGAAUUUGACGUUCUAGAUCUUCCAUGUGGUGGGGCAUUUGAUAACGGGGUGGGGAAUUUGAACUGGAAGUCUUAAAAUUUUGCCCGUUUUUACGUGCUUCCUGCAUGCACAGAAAUACUUCACAUUGGUGGCAAAUACAGUUUUCUCAGAUUUCGAGGGAAACAGCCUCAAAUAUUUUGUGAAAAACUGGCUCAAAGAAACGGUCAUGGAAAAUCUAUGUGCUUCAUUUGAAGGUAUGUACUACAUAAUUGUGUAAAACUGUUAAAUUUCCACAAGAUAUCCAAACUUUUUACGUGAAUUUCGUUAUCUUGUCAAAAAACAUUUCCGUAUAUUUUGUACUUUUUGUAUUGGGUCAUUCCAGAAAAGAUCCAUACCCCCCUACGGAGGAAAUCGAAAAUAACCCCCUCCCCCCCUUCGGACAUCCUUGAAUGGUUCAUCCUCCCCCCCCUCUCCGGACAUCCAAGCCCAAAAUUACCCCCCUCCCCUUCGGACAUCCACUAUUUCUAAAUUUUUCUAAAGGCUACCUCGCCGUUUGAAAACGUCAAAUUAGACUACGUUCACACUACGCGCGAGCGAACUAAUGCGGGCAGAAUUUACGUGUGUUCAUACUACCGCCAUUACAGUUUGUUUACAAAUUGAAUUAGCACUCGUGUAAACCCAAAAUAUUUCAAAUAGACCCAAGAAAUUUAACUGAAAAGCAUUCGAGUUUACACGUUUGUGUUCACACGAAGCUAUCAAGCGCUCCGCCGUUUUCACCUCGCUCCGUUUAGAAACCGUGCUCAAAUUGUUACGGCAAAAGUGACGUGAAAGUUUUCAAACGAUUUCGCUCCAGCGUAGAGUGAAUUAGCGAUGGCUUAUUGUGACUUUUCUACGCUGUUCUCAAAUAGCUCCGGCGUGGCGGAACACUUAACGGCUUCUUGUGACUUGCGAACACAAACACGUGGCAGGUUUUGUCGGAUAAUUUGCAGAAAUUCACUUCGAAAUUCGUUCAAGUAAAAUUCGGACUGAAAUUCGAUGUAACUUGCGACUGAUUGACAAGCGUUGCUGUGUUUACUUACAUGUUAAUACAUUUUUUAGUAUUACUGCAUUCCUUAACCUCGCCCUUAAUAUGAAAGCCAUUUCUAUUUUCUAGACACGCACCUCGCAAGGAAGCUUUAUUGACUAUAUACUAAAACAAAUUGUUUUGAGUUCAGUUCACAUUAACAAGAGCAACAGUUUAAUAACUAUUAUUUUUAAACUACAGUUUAAUAACUAUUAACAUCAUUCAGAGCAACAGUUUAAUAACUAUUAUUUUUAACACUUGAAUAAUGCAAACUUAUAUAUGGCGAACGGAAACUGCAAACUAUAUGCGUGUCAAUUUUCGACUCAUUCUAAACAUGCAGGAUACGCUGUUACAGCGAGUUAGUUUUUGGUGGCCAUGCAUGCAAAAGUGGGCCGCUUAUUUUGCUUACAAUUCACGUGGACGUAUAAUUAUUGCUGUUACAUAAACGUUCCGGUGUUCAAGAGCUGCAUAUAUAUAGCCGAUAAAAAUUGCGUGCUCAUUAUAAUCGCCGAUCACAUGGCUUUAUCACAGUCUCAAACCUUCAGACAAACAUAUCCACAUUCCUCUCCCCCCCCCCUUCGGACAUCCUAAGACAUUUUUCCUCUCCCCCCCUUCAGACAUCCUAAGACAUUUUUCCUCCCUCCCCCUUCGGACAGCAAAAAUUUCCUCCGUGGGGGGGGGUAUGGAUCUUUUCUGGAACGACCCAUUUACGGUUUCAUAAUUUUCAUUGAAGGUGGGGCAUUUGAACGCUUAAUUUCUUGUUACAGUGGGGCAUUUGAAGAUAUUUUUGCACGGGGUGGAGAAUUUGAUCAGUCAAAUUUCAAAAAGUUCAAAUUCCUGGGGUUGGCUGGGGGAUGGUGAAGUUUCGAAUUGAUCGAUACAUAAUGCACCAGUCAAUGUAAAUCACCAUUUUUGGGUUCAAUUCCCAACCACUGAGAUGAGCAUAUUUGACUUUAGUUCUUAGCAUUAUACCAAUAACCCAGACUGGAAAGUUUGCAUUGUGCGGCCAAGAUUUCGGCCAUGCAUUUUUUUCCUGACAUGUGGCCAGACGUGCAAUUUUAAAUGCAUUGCGCCACAGACACACAGAAAUAUGGAGAACGCUCAGGAUGCAUGCAAAAAUAACUAAAAAUGGAUAUAUAUAUAAAUCAAGCGAAAUUUUACAUCGGGCCGCGCAAAAAUUACGGCUCUGGUUCAGCCUGGCCAUGCAAAUCUAUCCCGGAACUACGAUCUUGGCCGCAUGUUUUGCAGACUUUCCAGUCUGACCGAUAACAGAUUGAUUACUGGUUCAUACUUGUGCUAGGGAUGUGCCAGAUACCGGCAUCCGAUAUGUGGCAAAAUAUAGACAUCUGCACUAUCUGGUAAAAAUUUGCCGGAUAUUGAUUGCAUAGUACUAGAACUUUUAUGAUAACCAUAAAACCUUCUGUUUUGCAUUAAUACAUUGUGAAACACAAACAACUACUUUGCCGGACAUGUGACACAUUAAAGUGAAAUGUUUUGGUGAUGUAAACUGCUCUCUGUUGCAUAUUGUCAGACGAGUCUUGUGCCACAUGCUAAACAGACAACAUUGGACUAUUUAUGACAAAAAGUUAGUCACAUAAUGUCCAAGUACCACCGUCUGAUAUCCAUUUAUUAUCUAUCCGUGUCCAGAAAAGCAAUAUCCGGCACUACCCUAACUUGUACAUGUAUGAACCAGUAAUCUUAUGAUAAAUAUUAAUGCCCAGCAUAAAACACGUAAAAAGAGCCAUAACAAAAAUAUAAUUUAAAAUAUUUAUUUGAAAGCUAACGUUUCGUCUUUAACUUGAGCAAUGACAUACAAAGCGGAAAACACAGAAAUAUGAAUAAAUUACAACUAUUUACAAGAUAUUAUAUUACAAAAGUAGAAAGAGGAAUGGAUCAGAGUAGAAGUAGAGGGACCGAGCUGACCUGUAAGUUGAGAGAGGGUUUGAGUUUGUUAAUGAGAAGACUUUCUCGAAUGAGGAGUUCGUCUGGAGAAGAGCAACAAGAAAUAAUCUUAAAAUCAUUAAGAGAGGCGGAGUGACCAGUGCUAUCAAGAUGGGAAAGGAUACUAGACAUGGUCGGAUUGCUGCUUUUACUGCCUGUUAGAGGAGAUGGAAAGGAUACUAGACAUGGUCGGAUUGCUGCUGUUACUGCCUGUCAAAUAAAUAUUUUAAAUUAUAUUUUUGUUAUGGCUCUUUUACGUGUUUUAUGCUGGGCAUUAAUAUUUAUCCUAAGAUUACGAUUUCCGCCUGGUUCAUCUAUCGCAAGUAUUAUGAACCAGUACUUAAUCCUUCUGUAAAAAGUAAUUUUAGCUUCCUAUGAUGAUAAAUCCGCUCCCUCUUCUGAUUCAUUGUGAGGAAAAAAGCGUAACCGGAAUCGAAUUUAUUUCUGAGGAAGUUUGCUAUUUAAUUUUAUCACUGCUUUUGGUUGCUACAGUAUUUAUAUUUGUAAAUUGUAUGUUUUGAAACAAGCCAUAUACUGUAUAUUUAACCUUCAACAUCAGAGAUGAUACAUCGGCUGCCACUUCCAUGUCAGUCAAUGAUGCAUUACAAGAGGUGUUGAAAACUGCUUUGUGCCAUGAUGGAUUGGCUCGAGGAUUGCACGAAGCCUGCAAAGCGCUCGAUAAGUAAGUAGAUUGUUCAGAAAGUAAUUAAUUUUCAAUAUUCGCUUCCUGUGAUGAUAAAUCCGCUCCCUCUUCUGAGUUAAGAUGAGGACAAAAGCGUAACCGGAAUCGAAUUUUAUUUCUGAGGAAGUUCGGUUAAUUUGUCGCUUGCAUGUUAACUGUUAAUCUUUCAAUUUCACUAAUAAAACUUUAAUAUCUUACAGGCGACAAGCUCAUCUAUGUGUCUUGGCUCAGAAUUGUGACGAGGGAACAUAUGUGAAACUUGUGGAAGCCUUGUGUGCUGAACAUCAAAUCAACUUGAUCAAGGUUGAUGAUAGCAAAAAGCUUGGUGAGUGGGCUGGAUUGUGCAAAAUUGACAAAGAAGGAAAAGCCAGAAAAGUGGUUGGCUGCAGCUGUGUUGUUGUCAAGGUAAACACCCUCAUUGCACCCUGAAAAACCCAGGUCCCUUACCAUUUGUCAAGAAUUGUCCUCAGAGAACAUAUGUAAAUAUUGCUUUCAAGACCAUACAUUUUCUGCUUUUCGAAUAGCGAUUAGCAGAACUUCUACUGUUAGUGUGUGUUGAUUUCUUGAAGUACUUUAACUGAUUUGUGAGCUCACAAGAAAAUACUCCGUAUCUUUAUUAAAUAUGUAAACAUGACAAUGGUUGUUAUACUGCCAUAUCUUCAAAAUACUGAACUUUAACAAGGAAAUUUACUGAACUGUGCUACAACAGCUGUUCAAUCACGCAUAUGUGAUAAAAAGCUGAUAUAAACUUUGUAAACAAAAGGUAAUGUAAAAUGUAACAGAAUGGUGAACGUGUAGAUCCGGCCAUCGCAAAUAAUGGAAAAGUUGGAAUAGUAGCAUUGGGGACUUUGCAGAGGAGAAUGGGCAGUAAGACUCCCUUGUGCAUCUCCCUAAGAUGGAAAACCUACACCCCUCUUUGCAUUCUACAGAACAUGACCAGUGGUUGAUGAGCACCCCCUACCAGACCUGGCUGGAUCCAUCCCUGUUUGUACCAUCACUCAAGCAUUUGAAAGUAGCACUCAAAAUUAUAAACUCAAAGGCUUCUAAAUAGCCCGUAUUGGGUAUAUUACUAUAAGAGUUCUACAGUGAUAUCUAAAGCUGUGUUCCUUUGUUCUGUAGGAUUAUGGUAAAGAAACCCAUGCUCAUGAUGUGUUGAUGGAGUACUUCAAGUCAAAGCGUGGAACAUAGUAUAAUUCCCACCUCAGUAAUGUUUUCAUGAUGACAUAGGAAUAAAAAAUAAUGCAAAAUUAUAUCUGGUCUCUCUUGCAGUGUUGGGAUGGGAUUAUGGGAAUAAGAAUAGUUGGGUUGGAAAGGUUAAAUAUUGUCAGGUACCCAUUCUCAACCAUCUUAAACUAUUUCAAUUAUAUCAAUUAUCAUAAAUUAUGGACGAAAAGUAGUUAUACAGUCAAAAAAUAAUAACACGUGAAGGAGCCGUAUAUCAAAUGUUUCACAUUUGAUGAUGUUAUUUAAUGAUAUGUGACAUUCAAUGAAUUGUUAACAUUAGUAUUAUAAAUAUGAAAAACUAGUCGUAUUAUUCUGACACUGCAUUAGUAUUACAGCCUACGUAUAUACUAUGUCUAUAUUUUUUAAAUAUGUGAUUCAACUAAAAGACGAUGCCUUCGAUUGUAUAGUUGCACACUAUCUAAUGCAAAAAGUAAUAGCAUUUGUUUAACAAUGCAAAAAAUAUCAUACCAGCUAGAUCUACAGUGCACAUAAUGUGAUCGUUACAGCGAAUUUGUACGGCUACAGUUCCUAUAUACGGCGGUAAACUCCUAGGCCGUUCUGGCAGUUUGGACAUGUGUGAUGACAGUCUUUCAAACCAUCCACGCAGAAUGGAAUGAGGCAGCAACCUUCCCAACACCUAAGGAAAAUAGAGAGAAAGAUAAUUGUAAUAGACCUUAUGCAUAAUGACGUCACAAGGCUUGAUGCCCGCGAGGAAUGUUGGUCUUAGUAGUCAUUGCUCGGGAAAAUUUCAAUAGUGGCCAUUUUGAAUUGUUUAAUUUUUCCGGUCGUUGACUAAUAAGACCAGCAUUCCUCGCGGGCAUCAAGUCUUGUGACGUCAUUAUAUGCAUAAGGUCUAUUCCUUGUAAAGCAUGGAAAAUUCACUUUUCACGAUUGUCUUUUCUGUAUUGCUGUUAAUUGAGAAAUAGUCUGCUGUUAAUGCCCUUUGUCUUGACGAAUAAAAUCGUCUACACGCGUAAAAACGCACAGGUCUUACAGAUAUGCAAACAAAGUUGCUUAAGGUUGU